AAGUUUUUACAAUAAAUUUUAAAUUGACUGUUGAAAAGAGUACAAUUGUUUGGUUCAUUUCGCCGAUAAAAAAUAAAUUUGCCCGCAAUUAUAAGUACAAUUAGAUAGAAAAGUUUCACAUCAAUUUUAAUAAAAGUUUGUCGGGAAAUAAAAACUCCAUUUGGUCGAUUUCUCUAAUUUCUUAUGUCAUGGAACUGAGACUGUACCAGAGCUCUGAGUACAGAUGCAACGGAAUAAAGCGAGUUCUUAUUCAUUAAUGUUUUUGAUGAACUGCCGAUUUGUUGGAGCGAGUAUUAGAGCAACUAUUAAAGGAAAACAAAAGCAGCAGCUAUAUCUGAAUAAAUCUACAACACUAUCAGCGCUAACAAUUAACUGAAGCUUCAUCGAAAAGUUUAAAACGUUUUGCAGUUUUGAAAUUCAGUAGUGAAUGGUUCGUGUCAAUCAAAGGGUGUUUUCAGUACCACAAGAACCUCAGUUGAACUUUAUAAUUAAUGUACUUCACAGUAAAGUUGCAUCUGCGUACGUUUACUCUUAUCAACUGCUACAUUUGUGAUGCUACCAAUAACUCUAAUGUUAAUACUUGUAAUGCGUAUGGACAACAUGCUGUUGGCGCUACAUUUGCAAAAGAAAGAAAUCCGUGAUCAACCUAUCUAUAUGGACUAUUAUGACAAUGCUUUGUUUGAUUCAGUCAACGAUAUUGUUACCGAAAGAAUAACCCCACCCUUUGAACCACCUGGUAUACUAGAUGAAGAACGCUUAAAACGUUGUCUCUCACUAAAAUUUGGAUUAAGUGAAACAAUCGAUAUCGAAGAUCGUGACAUAAUGAAAGACGCACGCACUUCAUUUUUACCUAAAGAUACGACAGCCAUACCACGAGAAUGUUUCGAAACAUUUAAUAUCGGAAACAGCUUUCGUGAUCUUGAUUACGAGGACCCUUAUGAUGUGUCGAGAACAAGGUCACGUCGUACAUUAUCAGUAGCUAAAGCUGAUAGCAGCACUUCUGAAUCAGAUAGCGACUACUACUUCGAUCCAUUUAGCAACGAAGAUGAAGCGAGUAUAAUAGAGCAGACAUCAUCAUUACAAUCCUUCUGGAACGAGCAAGGUACAAAAGAUAGCAUACGUAUGACUCAAGCAAAUACAAUGAAACGCUAUAUGGAUACUUCAGUUGACCCGUGUAAUGACUUCUACAAAUAUGCUUGUGGCAAUUGGGAGAAAUUACAUCCGAUACCUAAAGACAAGGCUGGUUUUGAUACUUUUGAAAUGUUACGAGAAAGUUUAGAUGCAGUUUUAAAGCUUUUACUGGAGGCCAAUGAUGAAAGUUUAAAUAACAAUAAACAGAAACACAAAAUUUUACACAUACAGGAUAAUAAUUUUGAUCAUGAUGUGGAGGUUAAAUCAGAUAUUGCAUCAUCGCCAGCUACAAGUAAUGGUGCAGUUGCAGCAGCUUCUGAAAGGGUGGAGAUAUCUGAAGAUGCCCAAAAAUCACUAAAAGAAAGGGAAACACAAUUACGUAAACAAAUCGUUAGUCGAAGAGAUGAACUUAGUCGCUUACUUAUGCGCUACAAACGUCAGCUAUUGAUUAGUGGCAACAAACAAAAAAGUAUUGCAACACUCGUUAAUGUCAAUUCAAUAAGUGCCCUCAACCCAUUGCAACCAAUAAAACCCAAAACGGAAGAUAACUCAAAUACUGCACAGCUAAAGGCAAAAUAUCUUUAUAGAUCUUGCAUUAAUAGUCGUUUACUAAAUAAACGUGGCAUUGAGCCUUUAAUAACACUUAUUAAUAAGCUUGGAGGCUGGCCUGUCUUAGAUCCAAAUUGGGAUGGUAGCCAUUUUGAUUGGUUAAACUUAACGGCACAGCUACGACGUUACAAUAAUGACAUAAUGUUAGUACAAUGGGUAGGUCCAGAUAUAAAAAACUCUGAUGAAAACAUCAUUCAAUUCGAUCAAACGAGUUUGGGUCUACCAACUAGAGAAUACUUUUUACAAGACAUGAAUCGCAGAUAUCUGCAAGCUUACCAGCGUUUUAUGUCUGAAGUCAUGCAAAAGCUAGGAGCAUCCCAAGAAAUUGCUGUGAAGACUGCCGCUGAGAUUGUAGGUUUCGAAACUCAACUUGCGGGCAUCACUUCUCCAGCAGAUCAGCGGCUAAACGUAACCAAACUUUACAAACGGAUGACACUAAAACAGUUACACGAAAUCGUACCAGAAAUAAAUUGGGUGCGCUAUUUAACAAUUUUACAGGAGCGCAAUGUGCAGGAUUCCGAACAGAUUGUGGUAUAUGCCAUGGAUUAUAUGCAGGAAUUAGUAUCACUACUUGCAACAACUCAACCACGUACCGUUUCUAAUUACAUACUUUGGCGUUUUGUACGCCAUCGUAUUAAUAAUGUUGAUGAUCGAUUUGAAGAUAUCAAACAAAAUUUCUAUCACACCCUUUUUGGUCGUGAAGAAAGCCCUUCUAGAUGGAAAGUUUGCAUUGCUCAAGUAAACACCAAUAUGGGCAUGGCAUUAGGCUCUAUGUUCGUCAAAAAAUACUUUGAUGAGAAUAGUAAACGUGAUACACUUAGAAUGACACAUGAAUUACAACAAGCAUUUCGUGAUGUACUCAAAACUACUGACUGGCUAGAUCCAACUACAAAGCAUUUAGCAGAAUUGAAAGUUAACGCAAUGUCUCUCAAAAUUGGUUAUCCCGAUUUUAUAUUAAAUCAAGCUGAACUUAAUGAAAAAUAUGCUGGUAUUGAAAUACAUCCAGAAAAGUAUUUUGAAAAUACCCUAAACGUAUUACUCCAUACAUCAAAAAUUGAACAGGGAAAAUUACAGGAAGCUGUAAACAAGACAACAUGGCAAACUGCUCCAGCUAUAGUUAAUGCAUAUUAUAGCCGUAACAAAAAUCAAAUAAUGUUUCCGGCAGGUAUAUUACAGCCACCAUUUUACCAUCGCCACUUUCCAAGAGCACUCAACUUUGGUGGCAUCGGUGUAGUUAUCGGGCACGAACUAACUCAUGGCUUUGAUGACAAGGGUCGAUUAUUUGAUAAGAAUGGUAGCAUACACAAAUGGUGGACAGACUCUGCUAUUAAAGGAUUCGAUGAACGUGCUCGAUGCAUAAUUGCACAAUAUAGCAACUAUACAGUUGGAGAAGUUGGUAUAUCCCUUAAUGGAGAAAGUACUCAAGGAGAAAAUAUAGCAGACAACGGUGGACUGCGCCAAGCUUUUCAUGCUUAUAAGCGUUGGUUGGUAAGCAACCCUCAAGAAGCAUCUGAUGAACGAUUACCUGGCAUUGAUAUGAGUGGAGAGCAGUUAUUCUUUUUAAAUUUUGGUCAAGUAUGGUGUGGAGCUAUGCGUCCAGAAGCUGUUCGUAAUAAGUUAAAUACUGCCAUACACAGUCCAGGAAGGUUUCGCGUAAUUGGCACACUUUCGAAUUCCAACGAUUUUGCACGUGAGUUUCGGUGUCCUAGAGGUUCUCCAAUGAAUCCAGUUCACAAAUGUAGUGUAUGGUAAAGACGACUCAAAAUAGUAUUACCAAUGAAUACAGUCCAAAUCAUUCAAACCAAUUUACUCCUUGUUUUUCCCACCAAUAUCAAGUAACACUUAUCAAUGACUUCUUAGAAGUUUCAGCUAAGCGAAGAUUUUGUUCCAUGUACUGAUGUUUCUCAAACUGUGUCACUCUAUAAAUUAGACAAGGAUUAUAAAGAGCCUAAGGCGCAAGCAAUCAAACAUUAAUUUUAAGCAAUGCAUUUUAUUUUUUAAAUAUUUUGUUUUAAUUUUAUUUAUUAAAUUAUCUA